CAGCAAUACAAAGGAAUGCAGCCGGCAGCACGAGCAGAUAAACAAAUUACGGAGGGAGCAGAGGGGACGAGCAAUCUGGCAAGUGGAGAGCCACUGAGCGCGAUACCCAAAAGAGUAGAGGGAGGAAAGAGAGACGAAAGAAAGAUGUCUUGCGGUGUGAAGGGCUUCCGUUUUCAGCUUCAGCUUCCCGCGCGUCCCUUGCGCCCUUCUGCCUCUCCAACAUCCCAAAUGCUCUCUACUCUCUCCCUCCCUCCCAUGCCCAAGCUCCUCUUCCCAUACAAACCCAGACCCAAACCCAAACCCAGGUCCAACCUCCUCCGUUGCUUCUCUGCGUUAACCCCUGAACUCAAGUCCACCCUGGAUAAAGUCAUUACUUCAAAUAAAGUGCUUCUAUUUAUGAAAGGGACUAAAGAUUUCCCGCAGUGCGGAUUUUCGAACACGGUGGUGCAAAUAUUGAAAUCUCUCGAUGUGCCUUUUGAGACAAUAAAUGUCCUGGAAAAUGACUUGUUACGUCAAGCUCUGAAGGAGUAUUCCAACUGGCCAACCUUUCCUCAGCUAUACUUAGAUGGAGAGUUCUUUGGUGGCUGUGAUAUCACUGUUGACGCAUAUCACAGCGGAGAAUUGCAGGAACUGCUAGAGAAGACAAUGUGCUCCUGAAGCCUCCUUUAGUCCAAGGGCAGAAAGAAGGACACCGAUGAUGCAUAAAUUCGUUCAAGUGUCCGCACUCCAUAGCUGGGUACGUCUUACGAUUGUUGCAGGAAAAUAAUCCUUCCUGGUGUUUGAGCGCAAACAAGCGAAGGUGAGUGAUGAGAAUCAAGAAGACCUUGCUAAAUCACCAAUUGUUGCUCUGUAUUGUAUCCAUAUCCUGUGUUCAAUCUAUCUUACCUUAGUAGCUUGUAAGUUUAACAUGCUUAAAACGGUGUGAUUUGAUAGCUCGGCUUCAAAUUAAUUUAGAUCUUUUGAAGCGUGGGAAGCCUUAUCAGAAGUAAAGGGAUGGUGACAUUGUGUGAAAAUGCAGCAGACUGUCUUCUAUUCGA